AUGCCCGCCACAGAGUGUUGCAAGCCCAUCUCCGUUUUUCUCGUCCGCCAUGGUGAGCGGGCUGACGAGCUUUUGAAAUUGAAAGGCAUUCAGGUACCCCGGGAAGAUAAACUCGACCCAUUUUUGUCUUCCCGUGGAUAUGAACAGGCACGAGACUCGCUUUCUAUAUUGAUAGAAUGUAUGAACAAAGAAGGAACAGCUAGGAAGAUUGGUGUAUUUUGCUCACCGAUGAGGCGUACUUGUGGAUCGGCGCUGAUGCUUUCGGCUACCGAUAUUACGAGCUAUCCAGCACUCGAAUGGGGAUUUCGGGGAUCGGUCGACGACAACACUAUACCAGUCAUCGUUCUGAAUGGCCUAAGUACAUGCGCGACGCAAGUGAAGAAGCAAGGACCGAUCAAUAAGCUUGUGCAGGAAGGAAAAAUACCGUGUGCCGACUGUCCCGCUAAUGACGGUUCGUUGCAAGGACCUAUGGUAAUGGCCGCCAGAUCAAUGCUGAGGCAUCAGCCGGUAUACGACUGCUCAUAUUUGCCUUAUGGAUGGGUACAGUUUUGUUCCAUCGAAGCCAAGACAGGCAUUGUUGCUCCCAUGGCCCCAAGAAUGUCGACCGCAAAAAUAGAUGCCACGAUGAUUCCGGUAGUGAACGCCACCGCUGAAAACUUAAGACUUCAAGAUCUACCAACUGAACAGGAUUCCUGGAGGGACUCUUUAAAUUUAGGGAUUCAAUGGGCAGACGUUGAAGGAUGCAAUACUGUGAUUUUCUUGGCUCAUCGAGAGGCGAUAUUGGGACUUCUUGAUAUUUGUGGACAGAGCAUGGAGUCAUCUCUUGUUUCCACACCGCAUUGCUGCAUUGGAAGCUUUGUUGCCAUUUCAACUGGGGAGGGAAAAGUCCGGUGGCAGGCGCAUUCGGUAGUUGAUUACAAUUCGUUUGACGUUGGAAUGAUCCCUGGCGCCGUUGAAUAA